GAAUAGUAUCGAUAUCGUGCUGUUGGGUAUUUUACAGCACUGUCACGACAACUUGUUGCCUAGGCAACGCGACAAAUAUAAACAAUUAUUUUCAUAAUGAUGGACUGGGCUGAAGAGCUGAAAAUGACUAUAAGAAAGACUACGGCGCGCAAGGGCCGCCGUUCAAAGAGUCGCGAUGUGCUCAACGAGCAACCGCAGGCGGGAGGAUCCUCGAGUGCCGCGUCCACACAAAAGCUGAACAAGGAUAUAUCUAUAGAUAUAACCCUGGAUAUACACAAUGAGAGCAGUAGUCCCACGACUACAGCGGCCACAACGCCGACAACAUAUAAUAAUGAAUUCGAAUCAAGUCGACCGCCCAUAAGACGCGUUUCGGGUGGCUGGGCGGACUCUGGAUCAAAAGGCCACAAAUCGAAGAAGAAUUCAUUUGAUGACGAGCGUUUUCAGGUGACAAAGUCGGCCACGAGCACGAUUCCCACCGAUGAUAUACCCAUUAUACCAGACUUGGAUGAUGUCAGGGACGACUUCUUGCUAAAUGAAAUAGCCGAUCCUCCCCCUGCCCCUUACAGCCACGAAGCCACAUUCAAGGAGUUGAGCUCCGAUCUGCUCUCGCAGAAUGCUUUCUCGGCUAUUGAAGACGUCGACUUGUCUAUUUUGACGCGUUGCUUGUAUGAUCAAGAAACUCUGGAUGAACCGGACGAAGUUUGGGAAUGGGAUAAACUCUUCACGGAGGUCACGGCUCAAAUAAAUUCGGAUAAGACAUUGAAGGGUAUGCCGGAAAAGAUUGAAAUCGGUCCCGACGAAAUACCACCUACGGCAAAAUAUAAUUAGGCAUACAUUUGUAAUCAAAAAAUCAAAAAUAAAUGCAAUAUUUAGGCUAA